AUACAAUGUUAUAGCCUAACCCUGCUCGGUUAUCUCUCAUCUCUCUCUCUCCGACAAAGCUACAAGGCCACACACAAUCGCAGCCUAAGACAAUAAAAUGCCCAAACUACCUCUUCCCCUUUCUUCCUCCAUCAUCGAAUCGUCUCUCUUCUCCACUCUCCUCCUCUAAUGGCCGACUCUCUUCACUCUCACUCUCUCUCUGUUUCCGAAGACCAACCUUUCGACCUCCGAUUCUACUCCUCCAACCCUCUCCGAGAUGCUAAUUCCGACUCCGCCGCCGGAUCGAGCUCUGCCAAGUACAAGCUCUUCUCUCCGGCCAAACUCCCGAUCUCUAGGUCCCCCUGCAUCACGAUCCCCCCAGGUCUCAGCCCGACAUCCUUCCUCGAAUCCCCUGUUCUCCUCUCCAACAUGAAGGCUGAGCCUUCUCCAACUACAGGUUCAUUUUUGAAGCCUCACUUGAUGCAGUGCUCUGGCGGUACAGCUGGUUUCUCAUUGUCUGCAAAUUCCUCCAAUAGAAAUAGUGUUGAUGGAAGACAAAACAGCUGUUUUGAGUUUAGACCCCACACUGGAUCUGAUUCUGUUUCAGGAUUACCACCAGCAGCACCUACGAUCACUGCAGGUACGAACAACCAGAAAAAUGAACCAUAUGAACAAGUUCAAACUCAAUGUCAGUCUCAAUCUUUUGCAUCAUUGCCUUCUGUUAAAAGUGAGAUGGCAUCUUCCUCAAAAGAAUUGAGUCUACCUGCAUCUGUUCAUAUGUUUGCUUCAAGAGCUACUGUACAUACUGGAGUUGAUUCUGAUGAAUUAAACGAGGGAGUGCCCCCAAGUACAGGGGUCCAAGCAUCACAACCUGACCAUAAAGAUAUUGGGCCUUCAGUCACUGCUGAGAGAUCAUCUGAUGAUGGAUAUAACUGGCGGAAAUAUGGGCAGAAACUAGUGAAAGGAUGUGAAUUUCCACGAAGCUAUUACAAAUGUACACAUCCUAACUGUGAGGUGAAGAAGAUUUUUGAACGCUCUCAUGAAGGACAAAUUACAGAGAUUGUGUAUAAGGGUACACAUGAUCACCCUAAACCUCAACCUGCCCGCCGAUAUACUGCUGGUGGUAUUAUGUCUGUCCAAGAGAAAACUGAUAAGUUUUCAUCUUUAACCGCUCAAGAAGACAAAUCUGCCAUAAAUGCCCAAAUAUCUCAUCACAUUGAAUCAAAUGGCAUUCCCGAGCUAUCUGCUUAUGGAACAAAUGAUGAUUGUGUAGAGGGUGCAGCUUCCCAAUUCAACAGCACUAACGAUGAGGGUGAUGAUGAUGACCCAUUCUCAAAGCGGAGGAAAUUGGACGGUGUUGGUAUUGAUGUCACGUCGGUGGUUAAGCCUAUUCGUGAACCGCGUGUUGUUGUUCAAACUGUGAGUGAGGUUGAUAUACUGGAUGACGGCUAUAGGUGGCGUAAAUACGGGCAGAAAGUGGUGAGAGGCAAUCCUAAUCCAAGGAGUUAUUACAAGUGUACAAAUGCUGGAUGCCCAGUCAGGAAACAUGUGGAAAGGGCAUCGCACGAUCCCAAAGCUGUUAUAACUACCUACGAGGGAAAACACAAUCAUGAUGUACCUACUGCAAGGAAUAGUAGCCAUGACAUGGUGGGACCCGCAACUGUGAAUGGAAUGUCAAGGGUUAGAUCAGAAGAGAGUGAUUCAAUCAGCCUUGAUCUUGGGGUUGGGAUCAGCGGCUCUGUUGCUGAAAAUAGAUCCAAUGAGCGGCAUCAACAAGUGAUGGAUACUGAAGUUCUGCAAAACCAAGCUAACAGUGUCGGCUCCAAUUUCAAGGUUCUCCAAGUGAACCCAAUUCCAACAUACUAUGGUGUUGUAAAUGGUGGCGGUGUGUAUGGAUCCAGAGAUAACAGCGUUGAAAGUAGUCUUAACUUCCAGACUCAACCUUUAAACCAUUCAUCUAUUCCGUAUCCACAAAACUUGGAAAGAAUACUUUUGGGCCCGUAGAGUUUUGUUUUGUGAAGUGAAGGAAGAAUAAAAAUGCAACGCUGCGGGGUUCUGCCCCUUCUUGGUGGCCGGUGGGUGAAAUAUCUGAGGCUGCUCUGCUCUGUUCUGUAUCAUUUCUUCUUGUAUUAAGCCUUGCUUAUACUACUACAACAUUAUUAAUCUUAGGUAAAAAAAGUUUGUACAAUAUGGAGUUAGAACAGGGCACAUUUUCUGACCAACAGACAUAUUGUAACUCUUUAACAGUGCUUGAAAUGGAAUGUACUUUGAGGGAAAUACAUACAUACAUACGUAUAUUCUAUAUUUGGCCUGUUACAAAGGCUUGUAAUAAUUAUUAUGGUUUUGAGUUGUAGAGCUUUACAUUCUCUCAA